AUGAGUGGCAGGAAGCAAGAGGUGAUACGCCCCCCAGCUGCAAGGAGAGUGCCGGUUGAUGGGAACAAGAUCUUAUUUCUUGAUUGCGAUGGCGUUGUGUCGCCCUUUGGUGGGAAACUGUUUGCACCGAAGCAAAUGUCCCUUUUGCGAAACAUUAUUUUGGAGACAGGAGCCAAAAUAGUUUUGAGCACCUCGUGGCGAAUGUCUGAAUUUGGACGGCAGGAAGUGGCAAAGCAACUUAUUGCUCACAAUAUACCCACCUACAUUUCCUGUACACCAUAUUUGAAUGGUAAGUCUCGGGCGGUAGAAAUAUUGUCGUGGAUUGAGGCUAACAAGGAACGGUACAAUAUUGUGAACUUUGUUGCAAUUGAUGACAUCAAUUUACCGGCCACGGCACCUAAUCGAGCCUUUUUCUCGAAUCAUUCUGUGACGACAAAUGCAUUCACUGGUCUCACGGAAGCCAAUGCCAAGGAGGCAGUACGACUCUUAGAUGCUAGCAAUAACAUUGUAUAA